AUCUUAUCCACAACUGGCUUUCUAAAAUGGACAACCCAGGUCAUUACCUUAGAGCUUGCUUUCUGGACUUUAGCAAAGCUUUCGAUAGAAUAGACCACAAUAUUGUUAUAACAAAAUUGAUCGAUUUGGGAGUACGCCGUUCAAUAAUCCCUUGGAUUUGUAGCUUCCUUUCAAAUCGCCGCCAAUGUGUUAAGCUGGGACAGUGCGUGUCCCGAUGGCUUUCAACUAGUGCUGGGGUCCCACAGGGUACCAAAUUGGGUCCAAUCCUCUUUGUCAUAAUGAUUAAUGAUUUGAAAAUAGUAUCCCCGUGUUCCAGUAAUUGGAAGUACGUAGACGACGUUACGAUAUCUGAGAUUGUUCCAACAAGGGAGGUAUCUAUACUACAAAACGAAUUGGACGCAAUUGGUUAUUGGACAAGUACCAAUAAUAUGAAAUUGAACCCCAAAAAGUGUAAAGAGAUGAUUGUCUCCUUUCGACGAGAUAUUGAGCAGCCACCACCCACCUUAGUUGUUGAAACCAUUAGUCUUGAAAGAAUAGAAUCCCACAAAGUAUUAGGUUUAACGAUCCAGAAUAAUCUGAAGUGGGAUUUGCAUAUCAGUGAGAUAGUAACCAAAGCAUCAAAAAGACUACACAUCUUACGAGUUCUCAAGCGCAGUGGAGUUUCACCGUUUCAUUUACUACGAGUACAUUUUGCACUUAUUAGAUCCCUGCUUGAGUACUGCUGUCCGGUAUGGCAUUCAUCAUUGACCAUUAACUUGUCAGAUAAAAUUGAACGGGUCCAGAAGCGCACAAUGCGAAUAAUCUACCCCACAUUAAGCUAUGACGCUGCUCUGGACCAAGCUAAAUGUUCGACAUUACGCGCAAGACGUGAUGGUUUGUGCAUAAAAACUUUUGACAAAAUCAGACAGCCUGAUUCACGCCUUAAUCAUUUAAUACCACCUUCUCGGGCCAAUGGACACAAUUGUAAUUUAAGGUACGGAAAUAGAUUAACACUGUUUCCUUGUAAGACGGAGCGCUUUAAGAAAAGCUUUUUUCCUACUAUGUGUAUUCAAUCACAUAAUUUAUAAAUUUUGUAAAUUUUGUAAAUUUAAAAGUUCUUUCGAUAUUAAUUCAUAGAUCAGUAAACUAUUGUUGUAAUAUAAUGCCAGUAUUAACACAAGGUACUUUUUAAUACUUUUAACUAAAGUUUGUAAAUAAUUUCGCAAUUCGCUUUCAUCGAGCGCGACGAUUUUUAUAAUAAACCAUUAAUAAUAAUAAUAAUAAUAUAUCUGCUUCGCAGAUACAACGAGCCUGAGGCGAAUAAUUGUUUUAGUAUUUUUGCACAAGUUUUUUUUGUGUUUUUCUUGUCUGAAUUCAUUUUAAUUUCGCUUAUUUCAUUAUCACUAACUUCAACAAAACGGCUAGCCGCCAUUUUGAAAAUUUAGAUUUUGUUAUAUUCACCUAGGUGAAUAUAACAGAUUAAGGCUAUGUUUACAUUGUAUCGGAUCAGUUUUUGUUUCGUUCGCGAAAAGUUACGGCCCAAGUGUAAACAGCUUCCGCCCCGCCCAUCUAUGCCGUCGUAUUUUCUUCUAUAUAUUAUUAGAAUAGUAAGUUGUUGUUUGCCAGAUUCCAUCUUGAGUCACGCAUUGAACCGAAAUUGCUCCGAUUGGUGUUUACAUUACAUGUUGAUGAACUUCGACUGAUGUUAUCCGAUUCUGAAAUUGACGUUUUUGCUAUAAACGAAUCUAAAAUUGAUAAUUCAGUAAAAGAUAGUGAAAUAAGUAUCCCAGGAUAUAAUAUGAUUCGAAAAGAUCGUAAUAGAUUUGGGGGUGGAGUGGUUGUUUAUAUUAUUAUAGAUAUAUUCCUUCUAUGAGCGGAAGGAUUUAAAUUCAGAUGAUCUUGAAAUGAUUUGUAUUGAGAUUUGUAAACCACGAAGUAGGCCAUUUCUCAUUAGUGCAUGGUACAGACGGCCCAACUCUGAGAUGAAAUUAUUUGAUUUCUUUGAAAUAUUUCUUAGUAAAUGUGAUGCUGAAAGUAAGGAGUUGAUUGUUAUUGGUGACAUAAAUUGUAAUAUGAUUAAGACACCAAAAGACUCCAGUACCAAAAAAUUAAUAUUUCUGAGCACAUAAUAUAACUUAGAGCAAUUGAUCAAGGAGCCAACUAGAGUCACAAGUACAUCAUCAUCUUUUAUUGAUCUAGUGUUCACCAAUCAACCCAAUAACAUUUCCAAUAGUGGUGUUAUUAACUUGGGAAUGUCAGAUCACAGUUUAAUUUUUGCAGUGAAAAAAGUGACCAUACCUAAAUAUAGGCAAACCCGUUCCAAAGUUAGAAAUUUCAAAAGAUUUAAUGAAACUGAUUUUAUUGAGGAACUGUCCAGAAUACCUUGGUAUUUAGCUACACAGUAUAUGAACCCGAACGACAAUUGGCAUAUCUGGAAAUCUUUUUAUUUGGAAGUUCUUGACAGACAUGCACCCUUAAUUUAUAAAAGCAUUAAGCACAAUUCUGUUCCCUGGAUAAAUUCCAACAUUAAAAAACUAAUAAGAUCCAGAGACUAUCAUAAAAAGAGAGCAAAGAGAUAUAAUUCCCAGGUUCACUGGGAUAAAUAUAAAUCGGAGAGAAAUAAAGUUAACUCGGAAAUGAAAAGGGCCAAAACUGUCUAUUAUCAAACAAGAAUUAAGGAAUUUUCCCUAGGUAAAGACAUGAAAAAAACAUGGUCACUGAUGAACACCCUAUUGGGCAAAGGUGGGAAAUCAUCUAACAUUGCAGAAAUUAAUAUUAAUGGCAUAAUAUAUAAUGAUCGCAAACAAAUAGCUGAACAAUUAAACGACUAUUUUGUUAAUAUUGGCCCAACACUCGCUGCUGAAUGUGGACGUCUUGAAGACAUGCAUUGUAAUUCAAUUGGUGAAAAUUCAAAAUUCUAUUUCCAUACAAUUACUGAAUCCAAUAUUCUAAAAAACCUGAAAAAUCUAAAAGUAUCCAAGGCUACCGGGGCUGAUGGAAUACCAGCCAAAAUGCUGAAAUUAUCUUGCGAUAUUAUUGCCCCAUCCUUGACCUAUAUAGCCUGCGAGCAGGCUCUCUGGGGAAAGAGAGCCUGCAAGGAUCCCUAUGAUGAUUGCGUGCCACCCUUCAAUUAUGAUGUCACAGGUCAAUUAAUAACAACCAAUCAGCGCAGACCGGAAUACACUACGAUAUUGUAAACAUAAACCGAUUCGUUUCAAAUUCGUUAAUAGUUUCGUAUACAGACCGCCACUGUGGCAUACUAAAAAGUUAAAACGGCUCGAGGUUUUACAGAGUAAUAUAUCAAGUUGUACUUUUUAUUACAAUCUGCAUGUGUUUCUCCUGUAGGCACAGUAAGUUUAAAGUUGUAUAUUACCCGCUAACUAAUUCAGUUAUUUGGAAUUGCUUCGUGCUGCAAUAUAUAAUAUACACUGUAUACAGUCUAUAUAUAGUAAUAAUAUAACUUACUGAAAUUUAUGGCUUUGGUGAGACAUAGACAUAUAUGAUAUACCAUGGACAUUGGACAUAAUUUAAUAAUAUGUUUAUAGUUCAAAUUUUGCAACAAAAGUGGAAUUGCAGUAAACAUGCAUGUGAUAAUUAUUGUAAACAAAGUGACGAGUAAAUUACUGUACAUUUUAACGCCGCAUACUUAUAAAUAUUAAAUAGUCAGUAUAACAUUGUAAAACAAGCUUAAUACACACAAUAUGCACUGAAUAUUAUCAGAAUUCCCAAUAUUGUUUCAUAAAAGAGAAGCGAUAUAAUGCCUUGUCCCUAGGUUUCGGUUUGCGAAUUUGUGCAGUCUUUCUCAAGAAUUAUUCUUAGCUUAGGAGUCAGACAAGCCAAGGACACAAUAAAGCAUGCAAGCUUUUAGUAUUCGUCUUUAUAUGAAUACUAUAUUAAUUUACAGUAAAAAGUCAACCAGGAUCAAAAUACAUGACACUUUUAUCUCUACAUUGCCGCAAUUCCGAAGCUUUGCGUUGCUCGGUUUUACAAACGGGAAGUGCAAGUUUAUGGAAGCUUGUCAAUCACUUCAUAUGAAUCAGUUAUCAACCAAUCAGAGCACUGCGUCCAAAUAUUGGACGCAUGCACCGAAUCAUCAAAGGGAUCCUUGCAGGCUCUCUUUCCCCAGAGAGCCUGCUCGCAGGCUAUGACCUAUAUAUUAAAUCUCUCAAUUUCUACUGGGAUAUAUGUUGAUGAUUGGAAAAAAGCUAGGGUAAUACCUGUUUAUAAAACAGAAGAUAGAACGAAAUGUGAAAACUAUCGCCCAAUAUAUAUAUAUAUAUAUAUAUAUAUAUAUAUAUAUAUAUAUAUAUAUAUAUAUAUAUAUAUAUAUAUAUAUAUAUAUAUAUAUAUAUAUAUAUAUUCUUCCCAUUAUCAGCAAAUUAUUCGAGAAAGAAGUAUUUGGACAGCUCUAUCAAUAUCUGAUAGACAAUUCCCUACUUUCACGUUUUCAAUCGGGCUUCCGGCCCAAACAUUCGACACUGUCCUUAUUGAGAAAUGAGUGACAAUUGGUUUGAAAAUAUGGAUAAUGGAGAAAUAACCGGAUUAAUUUCAGUUGAUAUUAGGAAAGCCUUUGACUCCAUUGAUCAUAAAAUCCUAUUAAGGAAGAUGCAAGACCAGUUUGGUGUUCAAUAUUUUGAGCUAAAAUGGUUCCAAUCCUAUUUGACGAAACGAAGCCAAGUUUGUGUUGUCGAUGGCCACACAUCGUUGGCUAAGGAAAUUGUAUGCGGAGUUCCACAGUGAUCUAUCUUGGGACCCCUCAUGUUUUUACUAUAUAUAAAUGAUUUGCCAGAAUGUCUGAAAAACACAACUCCUGGCAUGUAUGCUGACGAUACUCAAAUGUAUGCAUCUUCCGCAAGUUUCUCCGAGCUAGUAACCAAACUUAAUCAGGAUUUAGAAAAUAUAGUCAAAUUGCUCUUUCGAAAUAAAUUGCAACUUCACACAAAAAAGACAAAAGCAAUGUUUAUAGGAUCACCCUAUAACUUAAAAAAAAAAGUUGGUAAUGAACAGGUUAUGAUAAAUGAUAAACCGGUUACUCGAUAUUCCUCUAUUCCAUGUCUGGGAGUAGAACUAGAUGAAAGAAUGAAAGAAUGAAAGAAUGAGUUGGGAAAACCAUAUAGACACAAUAUGUAGGAAAGUUGGCUCCGGUAUUGGAAUCAUCAAAAGAGUAAAGCCGUUUGUACCAUCCGAAACACUACAAAAUUUAUAUAAUUCUCUCGUUCUCCCAUAUUUUGAGUAUUGUUCAUCUUUAUGGGAUAAUUGUGGAAGCAUGCUCAAAGAGAAAUGACAAAAUUUAAUUGAGCCAAGAUUUUAUUAGCAAUAAGUUCGACGAACUAUUAAAUUCAUUUAGCUUGUUAAAAGAAGAAAACAGCCAUCUGAAGCUCAAAAAUGCCCAGUAAAAUAUCUUGGCUAAAGAAAUGGCGGACCGUAUAUCUAAACUAGAAGAAGAUCAAGAAAAUAUCAAUCUAUAUUCUCGAAGAGACUGUUUAGAGUUUCAUGGAGUACCAGAGAUGCCGGACGAAAAUGCAGAUGAACUGGUCAAGGAAAUCGGUGAUUUAAUGGCAGUUGAAGUUAAACCAUCGGAUAUCUCGACAAGCCAUCGCUUGCCUUCCAAAAGGAGCGUCAUUCCUACAAUUAUCGCAAAGUUCGCGAGACGAAGCAUUAGAGAUAAACUCUACGAAUCGAAGGGAAAGAUAAAAAAUCGUAGUUCGUCCUACCUCGAUUUUGCACGUUCUGAUAAUAAGUCAUAUGUUAAUGAAAGCCUUACGCCGAAAGCCAGAGAAUUGUACUAUCAACUAUCAAGUAAGACAAGUUCGAAAAUCCCAUCGUUUUUAAAUACGCUUGGACAAAAUAUGGUAAAUCCUAUUUGAAGAAGAACGAUACUUCUCGUGCUACAUCAUUCGCCUCGAUAAAAGAACUUGAUGAUUUCUAAAGCGAACAAGUCAACUUCAUUUGGCCAAGUACCCUUAUUUUAUUGUUGCAAUAUUAAAUUAGUUUACAUUAUUGGUAAAAUAUGGCUGCAGCACUGGGUGAUAGCAGAUAACUACGUACCCUUUUAUGAUCUAGCUAAUGAUAGUUUUAACUUAGCAAUGUUUGAGAUGCAAAAUUGCACGAUCAAUUUUGGCAAUGGUAGAUUGGCCAGUUUGAGUUAUAAUCCUUUACUUUCUAAUACAAACCAACAACUUAAACUAAUGAGAGAUUACGAUCCAGAUUCGUAUUUUUUCGCUGAUCUGAAUAAAAACUGUGAUUAUUUUACUAAAGACCAAUUUAAUGAUGUGUUCAAAAAGGAGACCCAUUAUGUGUCACAAUUUUCUACUUUACAUUUAAAUAUUCGUAUUCUUGUGCGUAAUUUUCAAAAACUGACUGAAUUGUUGGACAUUUUAAAUAUGCAAUUCUCUGUUAUUUGUAUCACAGAGACUUGGUUACAAGAUUCUGCUCAUUUAGUACACAUAAACGGCUUUAAAUGUUUCCAUAAACAUCGAUCUAACAGAACAGGAGGCGGUGUUGGCAUGUGUUCUAAUCCAUUAAUAUUUGACUGAUCAAAGUAUUACCUAUACCGCGGGUCUUUUCCUCUCGCGCAAAAAACGUGUCAUGGUUUCGUGUCGAAAUAUUCGUGAAAUCGACAAUUUGAAAAUGGCGACAUCUGAUUGCUCUGCGGGAAAUUGCGCUGAAUUUAGCUAAUAACAAUUCAAUCUCGUUAGCACCAACUGCGAACGGGCAUGCUCUGGAAACGAGAUUGAUAACAGUUUGACAAUCGCAUUCUCGAAUGUUUUUUGAUAAUGGCCAACUGUACAUGUUUGCCCUCCGGAAUCACUUACAGGACAAUGGCUACAAAAAAAAAUAUUUUGUCAAUAGAAAGAACGUUUAAAAAUAACUCUUGAAAUAUUUUGACUGAAAGAACUGAGCUGUCCGUCAUCUCGGAUUAAUUCUUAACCUCAUUAACUGUCAUUCUGAUGUCCAAUAGAUGAAACCCACUUCAACUACGGUGGAUAUUUUAGCUACUUUUGGCAAUAAUAUAAACUGCAGUGCAAUAUAAGCGUUUCCAUGCUUUGAGGGGUGUAUCGUAUAUCAGACGAGCUGAUAUCAGAAUGUCUGAACAACCAGCGUUCAAAAUUGAUUUACCGAACUCCAAGGGUGACAUAUUCAGUCCAGUUUCAAAAUGGCGGCUUUUGGCUGAGUGAUCAAAAUAUAUUUCACACAGUUUCGUUGAAUUUUCAAAGAGUUGUGCUGGUUUCCUAUCAAUUUUACGUUGCGUCGCACUCUGGACUUCCUUGCGUGUUGAAUUAAUGUAACGAUGAAUUAAUUCUUUGUGUAACGACUCCAAAACCCCAAAAUUUUGACCCAGCGAAUUUUAAUAUACAAUAUAGUGGAACAUAGAAUAUAGUGGAAUACAAUUAACAAGGACAAGUUAAAGGUAUGACAGUUUGACAUUAAUAAACAACUAUAAAUAUACGUUAUAGACUCAUAAACAUCCGUUGUGUACUUGUAUUCAUCUUUGUGUCGCACUCUGGACUUUCUUACGUGUUGAAUUAAUGUUUUUCUUUUUGUAUUAAACGACUCGAAAACCCCAAAAUUUGGACCCAGCGAAUUUAUACAAUAUAGUGGAAUAUAAACAAGGACAAGUUAAGGUUGACAGUUUGACUACACAACCUAGUUUUUAUAUAACAAAAUCUCCUAAUUCCUUACGAUAGUUUUAGCCAAAUGUCAACAAUAUAUCUUACGUACAUGUAUUAAAAUUCGCGCAGUACUAGAAUUCGUGUAGCGCUGAGUGCGCAAAUUUUAGUACUGCGCGAAAUAUAAUCCGCGCGAAAAGCUUUGUGGUAGCUAGCGCUACAUUAAAGAUAAAGCGUGCGUUAAAAUACCAACAAGGACUAAAACAUUUAUUGUAUGGUUCUCAUUUGCUUUAUAGUAAUAUUGCGUAAUUUGAUCAUAUACGAGCUCGUUUGACUAUUUGACUAAAUAUAUCGAUAGGAAUGAGUAGCUAUCGUUACGCUGAAUCGAAUGGAGGUAUUUUGAUCCACGUAGCGUGUACCGAACUGAAGAUAUGAACCGCGAAGUGAGUAAAUCAUGAGUGAUUUACAUUAAUAGGAAUGUGUCGAGAAAGAGUUAAACGCUCCUAAUUCAAAUGAAACAAUAAAGGACAAUGGCAACAAAAAUUUUUAAGGUGGCGACACAAAUACUCUUGGGCAAAUGGCAAAUUCGUUAAAACAAUCGAAAAUGUUUUAUAAAAUCAAAGAAUUUAAAUUAAUUAUUUUAAAUCCGGUUCGUCAUUUGAAAGUUGAAUCUUAAAAAUUCUACACUGUUCACGUUCCUUAUACCAUUAUUGUUUGUUCUGAUUCGUACGACUGUUUAUCCAGCUUUUCUUCCGCAAAGCAACAAUUUCAGGGCCAGAGGCCGGUUGUACGAAGGCCGGAUAGCGCUAUUCACCGAAUAUUGAUUUUUCAACCUUUGUAAAAUGCUUGAAAAACUGUGAAACUACGAAUAUAGACGACACAAGAAGUAUAAAAAAACAUUUAACGUAUAAAUACUAAACUUUACCACGAGUUGUACCAAUCAACGACUGAUUUAACAAAGUUUGAAAAAAUCACUAUCCGGCCUUCGUACAACCGCUCCCUGGUGUAUAAAACCCUUAUCACCUUUUAGCCAAUAUUGUGUAGUCUCUUAAAAUUAGAAUUAGGGUAUUAGCGCAUGGGUUAGGAUGAGGAUUAUUUUCUGAAAUAAUUCCUACUAAAUUAAUUUGUUUGUGCAAUAAUUAAAGUUGGUAUGUGCAGUCAACCUGAACAAGAGACUGGGCUGUUAGUGGUAUAUUAGAGAACGUAUGUUAUUGAAUUUUUCGUUUUCGUAGCGUAAAUUUCUAGUUGAAAUAUAUGUGUUGGGACUUCGAGUCGGUUUCGCCGAUCCCAUAUCUAACUCGCCUUUUGUUUGUUGUAAUGUCUUUUGUUUCGUUUGAUUAAAGCUUCUUAUUGGAUAGUUAAAUAGUAAUUAACUCUUAUCACACUAACUGUAGUUAGCCACCUUUCUAUAUAUUACUUGCCCCAAGACAUUUAACAAUUAUUGGAUGAGGUGUUUGUGAUAUGCGUAAUUAUCAGCCGAAGGCGAGGUUGAUAACGCUUACCGAGACCUUGAUAAUUUUGCAUAUCACAAAAACCGAAUUCAAUAAUUGUUUUAUUAUACAUUUGUUUGUGUUAAAUAGAUACCUCUUGCCAAUCAUCACAUGCUCAUUUGCAGAUAACUCAGUUAUCUGCUAGAAGAUAACUGAAUUUUAUGUAGGUUGCGUGAUUGCGUCUUAGCCAAUCAAAUUGCUUUUAGCAACUACAACUUCGGACACGAAGCUUCCAGGAGUAUGCCGAAAUUUCGUAUUUUUACUUCAAUUUAAAGGGGAAAAAACUAUAAUUAGCUUGGGGAAAAUGGUAUAAAAAACUUUUCUCAUAGGCUAUAUAUAAAGCUUACCGACUGUAUUCAUGGUUCUGACGUCAUCCAUUUAUCUAUAAUUAUACAAAGAACAAAAAAUGUUAUCUAUUUGUUAGGUGUGCAGCAGUAAAAAGCAUAUUUAUUUUCUCACUUUUAGGCACAGUUCAGCCUUUUGAAUGACGGUUUUUCAGUAAAGCGCAUUAUAUCCUAUUUAAUUGAAAAAACUAACUAGGAAAAUUAUUGUUUUUAACAUUUUAAAACAUUUUUAUUGUUCAAAACAUUGAGUUUGCUGAUCUUGAAUCAUGCAUAAUUGAUUUUCCUAGUUAACGUUAGUUUCUUCCAAUUAAAAGGGCUCAAAUGUGCCUUAGAACCAUCAUUCAAAAGGCUGAACUGUGCCUUUAAUGUCCAAUUACUAUAUCUGAUAUACUUUUUGGCUUCAUACAGCAUCGUACCAUGUGAAGGGAGACGAAAUGCAGUAAUAGUUCCAGUGAAGAAGCAAGGAAGGCUAAAUAGUGCAGCUGGUAGAUGGUAGUUCAUUGAACCCGCCUCCCUCUGCGGUGUAGACUGAACUGAAAAGAUAGCAAAAGGGACUCCCAAGGGAGGGGGGUGACAAAGCAUGGGAAUGAUCAGACGUGAGUGAACAUGAUAAACAUGGCAAUUCUUCAAUUAGUGUAUUUUUUCGAAGAAAGUACUUAACUUGAAAUAAAUUAUUCUGAUAUACCAAAACUGAUCAAAACUAAUUCAUGUUGGAGCAACAUAAAAUAAUAUUCUUAUGGGAGGAUACAGCUUACUAAAAUCGUUACUGCAUUAUUUUACUUUUCGGAAGGGUGUAUUAGGAUAACAAAAUUAAUUAAAAUGGAGACAAAAUAAGAUAGUUAUAACAUGAUUGCGAAAUUAUCAAAAAAGACUACAGCUAAUGCCUUGUUGCUGUGGGUCCCUGUAUAGUGGUCAACUGUCGCACCUUGAACCAUGACCUUGACCUUGACCUUGACCGAAGCUCGAUGGACGGGUACCCUCGUACCAGGUCUGGCUGGAUCCGUGCCUGAUUUUGUAAUAUUUUUGUUAUAUUUCUAUUUACAGAUUAUGUUGUAGCAAAGAUAGAUGAUUUGGUUAACUGGGGAAGAGGUGAGUGUAAUAAAUUAUCUUUCUAAGCUACAGAUUAUAUCUUAAAAGAAAGUUGAUUUUGAAUUAAUGUUUGUUUUCUUCAACAGAGUUCAAUGUGGCCAAUGACUCUAUUAGAUCUUGCUUGCUGUGCAGUUGAAAUGUUGCAUUUUGGUGGACCACGUUAAUAUAAUUAUAUGCGAUUAUAUUUUAAGGGAUAUUGUUUUCUGAAUAUAAUUAAAUUGUUGUUGUCGUUGUUGUUGUGCAUGGUCAUCGCCUUUGUUGUUGUUGUUAUUGUUGCUGAAAAUCUCUGUCAUGUUUGAAGCUUGAUAAUUGAUCGUUUCUCUGGUUUCUGUGCAACCUGCUAAAGCUCUGUAGUCGCAUUUUCCGAACCCGAAUGUUAUUGUGACACUGUGUUUGUUCAGCAUGCACUGACAAAUUCCAGUAUUCUUUCAAGUCAAUGUGUUGCCUCCUUUUUAUUAAGCUUUUUCUGGUCUAAGAGGAUCUGGUAUUAAGAGAACUAAUGCUCAAAACGCUAAUUGUUUAUUAUUUAUUCAUGCAGGUACGAUAUGCAUCGUUUUGGAGUCGUUUUCAGAGCCAGCCCGGUAAGUGUUUCUAAAUAUUUUUUUAUUAAUAAAUAAAUGGUAUAUACUGAUUUUUUCAUUAUGUGCUUGACAGCAUAAGGCUUUCAAAAUGCGCUGUUAUCCUUUGCUUAUUUGAAAUUUCAAUGCUGCUCUCUUUCCUCCACUCUAAGCUUUCAAAUAAAGUUAUUUUUCCUCAACCUGCAUGGUCUACUUUAUAGCCUGGUUAUUUUCGAAAAUGAUGUACUUUUUGUAAAACUGAUAAUGGAUACCUACUUAGGAUAAUUCCUACAAAGUUCCUUUUUCGUGACCUCAUCGGAACAAAUAUAUCAUUCCACAAAAUAUUAAUUUUAGUUAUCCCAUCUAGUCUUGCGUGUUUUAUUGGUUUUAGCGACAGUCAGAUGUGAUGAUCGUUGCUGCGACAUUGACGAAUAAGAUGGCGCCUGCACUUAGAAAGGUAGGACAAUGCAGUGUUCAACGCAGACUUAAAGCCAGGACAUUUUUAGGAAAUUAUACAACUACUAGGACAAAAUCUUAACGAGGGUCUGUUCACCAUCGAUUCAUCAGUUUUUCAUUGUACACUUUUGCUGCGCAUAUCAAUAACAAAUUCUAGCUAAUAUACGUAGUUGAAUUGCAAUGUAAAGUAACAAAGAAAGAGUAAGAUGUUUUUAAUUGGGUCGAAUAAAAAGCAAAGGGCGUACUGUGGUCAGUUUUUCAGUAGUUAUAUAGUUAUAAAAUGUCCUGCUUAAAGCACUAGUCUUGAUUUUCGUUGUGCCUACCCAAGCAACCAAUUUUAAGGUGCGCUGGUCGACAGUGACUGCAUGUGCUACUGGAUGAGUUGAAUAUGCAAAAUUUCAAAUCCAAAUUAAAAAUGAGGAGUUACAAGUGUGCAAUACAUAUACUGCUCUCACCCAAUCAGAAUUCAGUAAUUUUAUCAUAUAGAUAAUAUGAGAACUUUGCAUUUACUGUUGUGUCGACAUAUAUUGUACAGUAUGUAUAAUGUAUCGUAAAUAUUGUGUUUAUGCCUUGGUAGGUGUAUGAUCAAAUGUCUGAGCCACGUUGGGUGCUAUCUAUGGAAAGGUACUGUUGCAGACUCAAAUAUGCACAUAGGAUAAAGAAACAAGAUUGCAAAAUAUGUAGUGGAGGAAGCGACGUCAGACAUUAUACACUAUUGACAUAAUAAGAAGAAGUGAUAUUGAAGUGUAUGCCGUCGUUUAAAAAGAUUAGAAACAUGUCAAGCGAAGGUCGUUUGCCACGAAAAUAGUAUAGCCUUUUGGUGCAGCUUAGACUUUUACACGUGAAAUUGUCCACACAUCCUCUUAUGAAUUUUGACUGCUCGAAACACUAGUUGGCGGGGCUGACCGACCCCCGCCAUCAAUCUAUAACAUCGUAAAUCCUCCAUUAUCCCUCCCCCUCUCGGGGGUGUUAGUUCGGACAAAUGGGGUUUAAUUAGCCUCCUCCGCAGCCAUGGCCUUUCGAUUAUCGGGAAAAAUUUCUUGCAGGCAAAAAUAUUAAUAACGGCGAUGCCUGCCAAAACCCGAAGACUUUGGACCAACUAUGUAACCCUUGUGGACCGACUAUGUUACCCCCACCCCCAUGGGAUUAAUUGUUCAUAUAAAAACUACUACAAAAUGUCAAAAGCUGUGUUACCCCUACUCCCAUAGGAUACGAUCUUUUUAUAUUCAGACACAAUUCGAAAAAAUAUCGAUCGAGAAUAUCAUUUUUAUGUUGCAAAUUGAAACAAAUAUGAAUGAAACAUUGAUUAUUUUGCACUUACAACGGAUGGCCGGAAUUUAACGAAAUACAGAUGGUCAAACCACGCCGAAACUAUGUAAAUCGUAUCGAAAGACGAAGUGUGAAAUGUGAAUGGAAUUUAUAAGAAUUUUUGCAACCGUUCAAUUUAUAUUUGGUCUGUAUCCUACAUGCAUAUAACAUCAAAUAUUAAUACUUUUGGGAAAUGGAAUACUCUAGAAUGCAGAUGGAGUGGUAAAUGUCAAAAUUUCAACUGGAUAAUGGAUGCUCUUGCCUCUUGGAAUUGUCGAUUACUGUUACACGUAUAGUGGACGUGCAUGACAUUGAAACUGGUUUGUCAACACAAAUUUUGAGAUAUUUCAGCAAAGAACAAACUUCAAAUUUACAAUCCCAUGUGUUUUUACACUGUAUGUUUACACUGUAUGUUACUAUAGCGAGAAAUAUCUCGGGGAUUUGUUGAGUACAUGUACAGCAUGUAAACAACUAUGUAAACGCUGAGUAAACUGCUUAGUGCUGACUGUGCUUGUAACACAAAUUUCAAGCAACUAUUGUGCAAGUUGACCAAAUGUAAGAAGUGUUUAUAUAUUCAGUAACUAUAAAUCAAGCAAAGUUAUACAAUUUAUAUUGUUGCUGUAUUAUGUUAGAUGUUAUGCUCAAGAUUAUUCUACUGCAUUACUGCAUGGUAUUAACCAGCCUGCCAUCCAGCUGACUAAAAUUUUAAACAGCCAUCUAAAAAUUUGGAUUGUCACUUGUGUCAAGAAACAUGCCUUUACGCCACCAAAAGAGAUACACCUCCAUGUGUAAAUAAAAUAAUACAGGGAUCGAUCCAGCAUGAUCUGGUAGGGGGCUGCUCUGCAAGCUCUGCAGUGGUGCCGCCAGCUCGAUAAUUGGGGGGGGGGGCGAAUAUUCAUAUAUUUGUGUUCACAGAGCAUAAAAACAAUCAAUUUCAAAAGAAGUUAAUAAUGCAGAACACGAAGAUAUGAAUAUUCGCCCCCCCCAAUUAUCGAGCUGGCGGCGCCACUGAAGCUCUGGUGCAGAGUUGUGUCGGUCAUGUGUGCCACUCGCCCAUCAACAUACUACAUUUGAAUUGUUGUUCACAGUUUGCUUAUCAUCAUGUUAUUGCUCAAAUUACUGUAUCUCAUUUUGUCUCUAUUAUUUUUUGCUUUAUCAUGAAAAAAGCACCCCCCCCGUGCACCCUCGCCUGUCAGGGCUUGGAGGGUGCACCCCCCUCUAGUAAAUCUGCAACUUGCAAUGCAAUUUCUGAUAAAAGGCGAUGUAAAAAAAUCCAUGGUGCUUGGGGACCUGGGACUCAAGAACGCGAGCGUAAACAAAUACUAUAGAUUAUAUUACAAUUUGCCGCUACAACUUACUAAAAUGACAAAAGUUCACAUACGAUUGCACUAAAUAUAAAAUCGUGGUGAAACGUACAAAACGACUUCAAAAUCAAAUUUGAAAGUGAGGCUUCCUAAACGUCGUCAAGCAUUGCCGCGAGCAUGAAAGAGUUGGCAUUACUGAAGAAUACGUUUGAAACUAGAAGAAUAUAACAGGGAUGUAAAGAGAUAAUUUAUAGAUGGAACAGGCAUAAUCGUGUUAGUUCUUGGUAAGUGAAUGGAAUAUUUUCUAUUUGUAAAUAUCGUGUGAUAGUCACAUUUGGCAAAUUAAUAUUCAGCGAAUGCAAUAUGUAAACAAACGAAAAAUGAUGAUUUUUAAUAUGUGUGUAUUUUAGAUUUAAUAGCUUAAACUAUUGAAAAAAAACUAUAAAGGCAAGGGAUAACCGGUUUGAUUUGGCCAUUCACAAAAUAUGCAAGAUUUGAUUCUGUUUGCCUCAAUUGGACAAUUGCUUUUGAUCUGAUCAUUUGAAAACCUGUGUUGGACAAACAUGUGGUACAGUAUAAGCUGAUUCAAAGGAGAAGCUGUAAUUUUUGAGGUCCUAACUUAAUAUUUUUAUAUACUUUGGACAUAUUCAGUUAGAGCCAUGCUAGGUAAUUACUAGCAAAGUUCCUGUUUAUUAUAGGAAUGCAAUACUGCAACAGGUUUAAUAAUAAUGCACCUUGCUAUAAAUUUCAAGCCAAAGCUUGAGCUGCACAGAUUACUGUAACUGUAAGAAUAUUCUCAUAUAUAUUCUUAAUCUGUGUCUUAAGUAAGCUAUAACAGAUCACUGGUUUGCCUUAUGGAGGCAAGUAAUACAUUAUUAAAGUCUAAAGGUAUAAUUAUCUGUAUACUUUUAGGUCUUUAUAUCAGUGGCAUAAUACAUGUGAUUCACCAUAUUAGCUCAUGGUUGUAAAAAAGAAGAAAUAAUACCAUUGUGUUCUUCUGUUUACCAAACUAUCUGCAUCUUUUAAUGGAAAAGAUAAUGACUUCAAAGGAUAUGAAUAUUUGGAAGAUGAAAAAUAAGAAAUAUAAUUUUAAAACAUGGUUAACCACAACUACUGAAUAUGAUUCUUGGUAUGUGUAAUAUUUGUGUCAUUAGAAGAAAUGUUAUCUCUAUAAUAAAAAACCCUUCUUUAUCGACUUUUUCAAGUUUCCGGAUAUGAUGUCAUUAUGUGAAUUGUAAAUUAGUUUUCCUUUGUUUUUGUAUCAAUAUUCAUCUAAUGACGUCAGAAACUUUGACAAUGAAAAAGUUGAUCAAGAUGAGGUUUUUAUAUCACACAAACCUAAAAUUCGAUUUGUGGUUGGUCCAACUUUAAUUAAUUAAUGCAUGCUUGAUUUUUUUGUCAUUAACUUGCAUUUAAUAAAGUUACAGCACAUGCACAUAGUGUUCAUGUUUUGAAAAUAAUAUCUAGUCUAUUUGUCAAAAUCAUGAAAAAAGGAAAUUCAUGCUACUGUGUACAAUAAAAUGUUUGAUUAAAAAACUACUUGAUCAACAAGAAACAGCUUAUAGAAGACAGGUUAUGCGCAAUUGAAUAGUAGUUGAAGGGACUUGUAUAGAUGAAAAUUAUCGAGUGGAAAUUUAUAUGCAUUUAUGAAACCUAACCAGGCACAGUUGCGAAAAAUGCAACAGCAGGUCCUGGGCAGGAAUCAAACCUGCUGCCCUGCAAUUCAGGUGCAGCACUCUAACCAAUAUAUACAGGGGCGGAAAAAAUAGGCGAGCAUUGACAGACAUUAUUCCUUGAAUUUAAAACCGAGGUCAGCUAGAACACUAUAUGUUUAUGCACAUGCAGAUUUAGCACAAAAUUACUCGGUUGGUCUGCAGGAAAUUUUUGUCUCCAGGUUUUGCUCCCAGGAAGAAAAUUCUUUUUUCCUGCGCUGAAUGUAUAUAGAGAAGAGAGUACUGCCAUGUUUAUGUUAUGAGUAAAUAUCCGAGAUUUUGUUGGCUUUUCACUCGAUUCAAUAAUAGUUGAAGGGUCUUGUAUAGUAGGGUCGUUAAUAAAUGUAUACAAAUUUCCAGUCAAUAAUUUUCAUCAACAGUCUAUAUAAGACCUUUCAAACAGGGCGGUCAGCCCUGCAAACGAGGCUCACAUAAACAGCCCCUUAAUCAUGCGAUGCUGGCCUGGAUCCUAUAUUUUAUCAGUGUAGCUCUAAAUGCCAACAUUUUCAUGUUCGACCAAGCUAUAUGUCAUCUAUACGAAGGAGCACUUUCAAAUUUGAUUUUGAAGUCGUUUUGUACGUUUCACCUUCAAUUUUAUAUUCAGCGCAAUCGUAGGAUCUUUUCCCAGUAACAGAGAACGAUUUUGAGCUUAAUAAACCGACUUUUUAUGCAAAAAAUCUCAUUUUAGUAAGUUACAGCGUCAAAAUAUAAUACAAUUCUAUAGUGUUUGUUUACGUUCGCGUUCCUGAGUCCCACGCCCCCAAGAACCACGGAUUUUUUUGAAAAUUGUCAUGUUUGAGGGUCAAUAUCUCGGAAAAUACUGGAUCAAAUAAAAAAGGGUUGAAGAACUUACUAACUAACGUUUUGUGCUCUUUCCAAAUUCGUACAGAUCCCACGAGUGAUAUACUGAGGCACUUUAAAUUCAACAAGUGAACUUUUAUCGAAAUGCUGAUAUAGAAACAAAUUUCUCUUAACCAAUAUACAUACUUAAUAUAAUUUGUAUAUAUUUGUAAUCUAUACGUAAUUUAAUAUUUGAACAUUCCGUUUACGUCAAACAUGUAUAUAGUAUAUAUAACCUUGGCAACAACAUAGUGCGACAUUUACAUACAUUUACAUUUUUAUACGACAUUUACAUUCGCCUGAAGAUCGCUUCGAAAGAAGCGUGAAACACAGUGUAGGGACAAAUAUAUUUUAAGAUUAAAGAAUUAUUUAAGCUCUAUCGUAUAUUGGUAUUGAGCACUCUUCGUUCAAUUACGGACAACAAGAAUGAAUUAUAUAUAUAUAUAUAUAUAUAUAUAUAUAUAUAUAUAUAUAUAUAUAUAUAUAUAUAUAUAUAUAUAUAUAUAUAUAUAUAUAUAUAUAUAUUCGCACAUUACAGCAAGAAUUUCCAAAGCCAAAAGAUAAGCUAGACACCAACCGUACAAGGGACAUCGUUUAUAAAAAUGAAUGUUCUGCUUGUGAUUUUACUUAUUAUGGUCAAACCAACCGAGCAUUGAAAACAAGAAUAAAAGAACAUAAAAUAGCUGUUGAGUAUAAUGAUAAGAAUUCCAAGAUAGCCCAACACGUUGAGCAAUAUGACCAUAAUAUGGAGUUUGAAAACGGCGAAAUAGUUAGUAGAGAGAAAAAUUAUCGCAAACGAUUUUUCCUUGAGGCUUGGUAUUCCCAAGUGGAUAAAAGUUCUGGCAAUGACCAUAUUGACAUUCCAGACGUUUAUCGGUCACUGAUGCAUCCAAAUUAAUAGCUAACGAACCGUAUAAAUAGAGGCCUGUUUAUUGGCUUCUUAGUUUUUAAUAUCAACUGACGAAGAUUGGAGGUUUAUCAUCACUUUAUAUCUAUAUGUUAUAAAUCAAGCUUCACCAACAUCAUCACAGUCCAUGCAUCAUCAUAACAUAAUUCACUAAAAUCAUCAUUAUCUAUAACCAUUCCAAUUCUAUCAGUCACACUGAAUCGAAAUUUCAUUUCAUUUCAUUUCACUCCACACAUCAUUUGAUGUUCACCCAAUAGAAUGUUCCAACAGGUCCAGCAGGGCCAUUUCACAGCAUUCCAGGAUCUGAAUACCUGCAACCACCUUUUUGAUCCAAUUCUAAAAAACAAACAACAAAUUUACCAUGUUUGUAUAAUUUAAAACGGCAAACAGAAACCAAUUUAGCAAGAAUUUUGAAGAAUAUAUGAUUCUCAAAGAUUAUUGUACAGCACGGCCACUCCUUGCAAUCGAAGUGUGAAGUGCGGAAGUGGAAACAUGUAAUAUGAGACCUUUCCAUCCCCCUCUGAGGCUAUCAAUUUUCUAUGGGUCACGUGACCAGCGUCCACCAUGGUCUUUGCUUCCCAAGAGCAAAUACCCUGGGAACGAGGUUGGAAAUAUGUAUUAGUUCGUGUUUGCUCAUACCUUUAUAAAUUUUUCGUAAUAUUUUUCAAUGUCUAUUUUGUUAAUCUUCUCUUCUCCUGGCGACAAUAUAUAAACUCCAAAAUUCUGCCAGAAAUUCUGACUUUUCUUUUCAACUUCCAAGUUUCAACUGACCGUUCUCAAAGGUUGAAGCUUUAAACAAUUCAUAAAUUAACCUGAUUGUAUGACGUUUACUGAGGGGCUGCUUAUAUAUGGAAGCCGCGGGUUUAAUUGCCCGGUUAACGAGACAGCCAAGUGAAAUCUAGCGCUGGAUUGGUAUGUUACGUACCGUACGAUUUUAUGGACAGUGGGCUAUUCCGGUUUUCGAGAUCUCGGUUGAAGGAGUCAAGAUCUCGCUUACCGGGAUGAAAAUGUAUCCAUAUAUAUAAAUAAACACUCACAACCGGACUGCAUCGUCCAGUUGCUGGGAUUAAUAUCCGCCGCAAGCUAUUUUUACCAACUGUCAAAACAAUGUGAAAACAACAAUAUCGUCCCGGUAACCCGGAUGACAUUUUUAAGUUGGCCAAUAUAUCCGGCUUCCAGAUUAUUGUUUCUAGACGUGCGCUCAUGCACCAAUAAAGGGAGCUCAGAUACGUCAUCUCGUACCAGGCUACUGAUGUACUGCAUGGUAUCGCUUGUUGACCACCAGCUGCGCUACUCAGAUAUGAUAUUCAUUGGGUUCAUUUUACUUUUCUCUGUGCUUCAAACUACUAAAUUGUCGAUGCAAAAAUGUUUCUGAUGUAUUGCAGAUUAAUAAGAUAUCUAAUAGACCUUCCCCCUUCCCACCUGGCACACGACGUUGUUUCAACGUUGAAAUUUGGUAGAAAAAAGGUUGCGACGUCGACAACCUAAUAUCUACGUUGCUCUGACGCCAGGGUGCAUUCUGUGUAAAUCGUACGCCGGAUAUACAUCAAAACAAUGUUUUUUUUACGCCAACGCAAGCUGAGGUUCACGCCAUUACGUUAUGACACGAGCGGCAUAGUCCGACCCCGCCCUCCGAAGAGGCGUGGCCCCGUUCAACCUGUUGACACCUCUGCUUGAAUUGACACCGUUGUGUAAUUAGCGCAAACGCCUAACAAAAUUACAACAGUAACAAGUCAACAAAUUACAGUAUGAUCAGAAAACUUUUACCAAAUUGAACACUUAUAACUCUUAACAAUAUGCGGAUUCAUCUUUUAAUAAUAUAGUUAACGAAACUUACGUAACAACAGUAUUUUAAUCACUAAAUGCUUAGUUGUUAUUGUGGAAUAGCAUCUUUACCACAACUACGCACUUCCCAGCAAUUUACUGCAUUGAAUCACAAGUCACAAUGGAAUCAACGAAAUUCACAUAAACUUUUGAUAAAAUGAAUCUAGCCGUAUUUUUCACUGAAAAAUUCAUUGAAAAACUUAAGUUUACAUUUACAGUUAAGAAUAAAACGUCUUUAACAACAACAUUGUUUAAUUUUAAUUGCUAAUCACGGUAAAACUCGUAGCUGUUAUAGUGUUGUACAGCAUCUUUACCACAAAAACGCAUUUCCCUGCAAAUCGACCGUCUAAUUUCACACAGGAGAGAACGAGACCAUCAUCCAUACAAUGCUAAUAAAAUGAAUCAACCCGUGCACUAUUGACUGAUGUUCAAUCCACGGCUAGGAAUGGACAAUGUCCACGUUCAGCAUGAACACGGUCAAUGACUUUCGAACAGUCGUACUUCUUUGCUCGGGAGGAGAAGAAGGAGUUGACACGAUGUGCUUUUAUAUUAUCAUCUCCCUCUAGAUAUAAACGUACGCCUUCUUUAAUUAUCUUUUCACAGUGUUUAAGGGAAGGCAAGCACCAAUUGACCUUCGUUCUCCGCGCAAGGGUAUCGUUAGACUGACCACCCGACUGCUGUUGGUUGCGCAUGGCAUUGUAAAAACUUUCCGCUAUUGCCUCUGGACCGCCUUUCGCCAAAACAAUGUCCAAUAGUGCACAUGAUGGAGGCUGUGCAAUAUCAUAGAGGACUUUGUUUGAGUAAAAUGACGUAUAAACACACUUCUCAGACAGUCUCACUUUCCGAACCAUUCCAUUGGAGAAACGCAUGACAAAGAUCGAUUCAAGAUUGGUUGACUCUUCGGCACGAAUUUCUAGUAAAGAAACACCAUCGAUAAAAGGUGAGCCCACUUCAACAUCCGUAACGUCAAACCAGUCUGGACAAAUACCAUUCCAUACACCUUCCAAGACUGCUUUCUUCAACAAGCCCAUGUAGGCGUGUGCCAUACGUGUAUCAAAAUUUAGACCAGAAGCUUGGAUGUGAGAUAACUUUGAAGCUACCUUCAUUACUUCUUUGCACUCCUCGACUCCAUACUCUUCGAUUUCCCCUUCCGGCAGGAAGAACGUAAUCUUUCCAUCUUCAGCAGUACCACAGUGAAGCUUAACGAGAUUUGCUGCAUCAAAUACUUCGAGAUGUGACAUCAUUUCGCUGUGUAAAAUAGAGGUAACUCGUUUUUCCAACGAAUCCUUAAGAUCUUUGGCAAAUCUUCUAUGGUCUUCUUUGAUUUCAUGUUGUUCUCUCUGGGUCCAGCUAAAGCGGUCUUCUCCUGAAUCUCUUCCGCCAUCACUUGUAACCAACCAUCCAGGUAAAAGGGUAACACCUCUAAAAACACCACCCGGUUCAAGAUUUCGUUCGACUUCUUUCAGUCUCGGAAACGCUUCAGAAUCUGCGUUGGCAGCUUUCAUCAACUUUGCACUGACUUUGGGCCACCACAACUUCAACUUCCAAACCGGUGUAUCUAGGGCUUGUGCGUGAACCAUCAAAUCAACAACAGGACUUAAGAUGUCAAGAAGUGCCAAGAGAUCAUGGACAAAAUCUGAUCCCGCUAUCAUGUACUGCCAUUCUUCGUCUUCCGCGCGGUUUGGGUGAAGAAGGUCAAACGCUUUCCAAAAGAAUCGAAGCUCUUCUCUAUUUUUACCCAUUGCUCGUAUGACGAACUCGCGAACCUUUGGGUGGCAUAGGAUACUGGUCGCCUUGCAUUUUCAUUGACCAUUUGUAGAAACGCAAAUCCUUUUCCGUUGGAUAGCACAUGGUUAAACACGUUACAUCUUUUAAUGAACUGCCGAAAAAAUUUACCGCUAUCCGUCUUGGCGUCUCGCACGUCAGUUACAGCAAGAUUAAGAAGAUGGGCCGUGUCCCACGUAACAGGCAGAGCAAGAUCGUCAUCAUUCUUUAAACCAAGAGCUUCUCGUAGAUGUUUUCUAAAUCCGGUAGCUUGAUAAGGCCCAUCUGCUCCAACUCCACAAAGACGAGACAGAAUUUCAGGAGAAAAGUGCUCUGAAAUUGCAUCUAAGAGUUGCCUUGCAAGGGAAUCGUACGUAGCCUCUUUGAAAUCAUCAUAAAUUGCUGGUGCUGCCACUGGGAUAGGACACGGUGUACCACUACUGUCCCUGGCGACGAUAAGAACUGCUUGAUUUGUAGUUCUGGAAGGGGUUGCUUUAUCAGUAGUUGCCCAAAAAUGGGGAGGAAGUUGUGUGGAAGGAAGAGGAGUAGCAAGCCACGCUCUUAUUUUCUCAUCUAUGACUUUCUCUAGGCAGUACAUGACAUGAUUAAAAUUGUUGCGACCAUGUCCAAUUGUGCCUACAUCAACAGAACAGCUGUCUAAGAAAGAAAUAAGAGUUUCAAAGUGUCUUCCAGCUGCCCCAAGCUUAACAUCAGUAAUUGCGGCUCGAAAGAGGUUUUGGCAUACUGUAGAUUCUCGGUGUAGGUGCUCCUUCCUCUUUCCAUAUUCCUCCAUUGCUUUUGCGUGUUUUGUUGAUCCACGUCCAACGAGACAAAGAUGAUCAAGGCAGUAAUUCUUCUGGCGAUACCAAGCUUGGUUAUGACCAGUUAUAAACAGCCGCGAGGUUUCUUUGUUGACAAAAAUGCCACUUGAGAGGGUGCCAUUCCCUGUUGGAUUCAGCAACUGUUGUGCUCUGAACGGUGUUAGAGGACGAAGUGUUGGUCGGGCAGCCAGGUGAAGCUCAAAACAUGGUAAACAUCGCAAGAUAGCACAUUCUGUAAUUUCGUCGUAAAACCACUCGAGAAGGGGCGUAGCAUCGUUGAGCUCGAUGAUAUUGUUCGCUUUUCGUAUUUUUUGGACAGAUUUUCUAACUUCGCUCUCCUCACAAGCUAACUGCUCAAGUGUCCUGUGUUGAUCCGUAAUGGCAUCAACUUUUAGAUUCAACGCAGAAAGAGCAUCUAGAACGUGUUUGAGCGGUGCAUCUUCACCGGAUGUUGAAUUACAUGCACUAUCUGGUUGUUUGAAAUCAAAUAGUGUCGUUUGGGCUGAUUCUUUAAUCUCUUCGGUCGUUUUGCUGCAUCUUUUACCGACUGAUUUUCUAAUAAUUUAACUUCACUUUUACUUGUGGUUGAACACACUUUAGACUUUCGUUUGCAAUACUUGUCCCUAAGUGAGACAACUGACGGGGAUGAUGCUGGCACAAAUGUGCAUUUUUCUCUGUCGGGUAAUUUAUGCCAUCUGUCUUUGUGUCGUUGGAUGCUAGAAUUAUCUAGUCGACAGAUGCUUGAAGAUCUUUCUUCUUGUUUGCCUUGCAAACAUCGUUCCAUGCAUUGUAAACAAACAUGGUUUUCCCUCUGUUUUGGUUGGUCAUCUACUUUUUGCUUUUUUGCAACUGGGCCUUGGGGUUUCUGAGAUGUGAAGCUUCCCCAGUCUAAAGUAAGCUGACGUUUCAAGGAUCUUCCUUGUUUUACUUCAUUCAAACCAGACUUGUUUACGUCACCUGCACCUGUGCAAUCAUAAUAUUUAUCGAUAAAGCUGUACGAGAGUUAUCUUUUGCAAAAUACUUUAUGCGAUAAAUACAAUAUUUUAUGCGUUUAUAUUCUAAGUGAACUUUACGAUUUACAAUAUUUUUUUAGUUGCACUGUCCAUUGAGAUAUGGCAAAAUUAAUUCUUUAGCUAGAUACCUUCAUCUUUACAGUUGAAGCAAACAACAUGUUGGCCGUAACCUUCUUCACCAACCGGAUGUCCACAAAUCAAAUGCACCGACCUUUUACAUUUUGUGCAGCUGUGACCAACCCCUACUUCUUCUUUACACACGUGGCAAAGCGCAACAGUUAUUCCAAUCUAAAGUGUCAGUUUUGCAGCAUGUUCACAAACAUUUCAGUAUAAACACGAAACAGGCAGAGUACACAGUGAAACAUUUAGACGUAUUAAGAAUGAAUGAAUUUAUUAAUUGACAUUCCCUAAAAUGGGCUUUUCAAUGACAAUUUACAUGGAUUUUAGAAAAAAAUUAUGAGUUAUCGACUAUAUAUAUUUACAACAAUCGUAUCAAAGUUAUUACAUGAACUAAAAUUAUACUAUAUAUUAUAGUUUAUGAGUUAAAAAAGUUAAAAAGAAGAACAUCGCUUCUCAAUAAGAAUUGUCUUAAGUUUCGUCUUAAAAUUGUUCAGAUCACUAAUUGAUUUCAGCUCUGUAUCUAGACCAUUCCAUAUCUUAGUCCCUCGGUAUUUGAACGAUCUUUGCCCGAUCGAUGUCCUAUAUUUUGGAAUAUCCAGAUCUCCAUUUCUUCUAGUAUCUCGGUUAUGAAUUCUGUUUCGUGGUUCAAAAUUAUCACAUAAAUACUGUGGAGCUUUGUCAUUCAUACAUUUAAAUGUCAAUAACGCAUAUCUGUACAAUAGAUGUUCUUUGAUUGACAACCAUCCUAACGCGUUUAAUGUUGGUGAUAUAUGAUCAUACUUAUGCACCCCUGUAAUUAAUCGGGCUGCGCAAUUUUUUAUUAAUUGGAUCUUUUUUAUGUUGCCAUCUGACGUAUUAGACCAUACUGUUGAACAAUAGUUAAUUUUACUCAUGACUAAUGUAUCGAUGAUUGUAACUAGUGUUGACUGAUCAAAGUUGUGUUUCACGCGACCAAUCUGACGCAAUUUUGAGAUACACGAUGAGGACAAUGCUUGUAUAUGUUUGUCGUACGUUAGAUGGGAGUCCAAAAGCAUACCCAAAUCCUUAACCUCUGUCACAGGUGCAAGAUUUUCUCCCAUAAAAUUAAUAUAAAUGGGAGAUUCCAAUUGAUUCAUGAGUUGUCGUGUACCAACCACCAACAUUUUGGUCUUUUCUGGGUUUACAAGAAGACUGUUGUUGCAACACCAUUCAAAAAUUCUGUGUAGAUCCUCUUCUAUAUGCAGUAACGAGUGUUCCAUAUGCGACAAUGAAAACGAUAAAAAUGUUUUCGAAUCGUCAACAUACGAUUCAAGACUACAACUCUUGGGGACUAAAGACAAACUAUCUGUGUAUAUAUUAAAUAAAAACGGCGAUAGAACAGAGCCUUGAGGAAUUCCGUACGACAAUGCAACAGGCACCGAAGAGGUAGUUCCAAUUCUAACAUACUGCCAUCUGUCAGACAAGUAACUUUCAAACCACUUAUGCACUGCAGAAGAUACGCCUAGGUUUAGAAUUCUUUGAAGAAGCAUGUUGUGAUCAACACUAUCGAAGGCUUUCGACAUAUCCAACAAUAUAACUAUAGAUAACUGUUUAUUAUCCAUAGCUUCCAACAACAUGUCUGUCACUGCAAUGUUAAGUGUUUCGGUAGAAUGUUUCUUUCGAUUACCACUUUGAUGCUCCGUUAAUAAUCUGUGGUUUGUUAGAUGUUCUGUAUACUGAUUCAGUGCGACUUUGUCGCAUAUUUUUGACAAACAUGACAGCAGUGAAAUCGGUCGAUUAUUUGAAGCAAUUUCAGGAUCCCCUUCCUUGUGUAGCGGUACCACUUCUGCUAUCUUCCACAUUGAAGGAUAUGUUGACGUCAUCAAGGAACAGUUGAUAAUAUCCGUAACAGGAUCUAAAAUCACUUCAAGUGAAUCUUUAAUGAAUUGAAUAUUUAUCUUAUCGGCACCUGGAGCUUUGUUUGAUGGACUAUUUAAAAUAAUUGUUCUAACUUCAUCAGGUGUGACUGUUCUAAAUUCAAACAGAUCAAGAGAAGAUCGGUGUCUUGCAGGUG